UUGUACUAUGGGCUAUCGAAGGGCGUGUUUGUUUUUGUCUUUGCGCAGCGCGCCAGUGACAGGCCAUCUUCACGAGCUUCGUUUUUUCCCUCACGGUGCUCAACGCACCGGGUCGGGUCGAUACCUUACCUCUUGCCACUCAUUCUUCAACGUCGCUCGCUUGCAAGUGUACAUAACCGGUCGUUUCGUAGAAGACGUUUCGAAAUUCUCAAGCUCCCAGUCGGCUCCGAGCGGGCUGAGUGGAGAUGAUUACUGUACAGCAGCACCGCUUUUGGCUCUGUCUGAUCCUCGUUUUCCAUCUCGCGUUCGCGACGCCCACCAGACGCCAGGGGUCCGUCUCUUCGCUUUCCAGCGUGCAGGUCUCGUCUUUCGGGCCCUUCGCCCGUUAUGCCAGUGCCGCUUACUGCAGCGCGUCUUCGACGCUCACGUGGACGUGUGGAGAGGAUUGCAGUGCCAACCCAUCCUUCAUCCCAGUCGCCUCCGGAGGCAAUGGGGACAGCGAGCAGUGGUGGUAUGUUGGGUAUGAUCCCACCCUCGACACAGUAAUUGUCGGCCACCAGGGCACCAAUCCGAAAGAAAUCUUGCCUUUGCUCACCGACGCCGACCUUGCGCCGGCGCCUCUUAGUUCAUCCCUGUUCCCGAGCAUCAGCCCGAAUGUGAUGGUCCACAGCGGCUUCCGCGACGCACAAGCUAUGUCCGCUUCUGAUGUGCUGUCCGCGGUACAGUCGGCUUUGGGCCAACAUGGCGCUACUCAGGUGACCAUGGUUGGGCAUUCCUUGGGUGCAGCAAUUGCUCUGCUAGACGCUGUGUACCUGCCGCUCCACCUACCGGAGGUUACGUGCAAGGCCAUCCUCUAUGGACUACCUAGGGUCGGCAAUCAAGCCUUCGCGGACUACGUCGAUGCCCAUGUUACCUCGAUGAAUCACAUCAACAACAAGAAGGACCCCAUUCCGACAAUGCCAGGCAUGUUCAUGGGCUACCGUCAUCCGUCCGGGGAGAUCCAUGUCGACCAGUCUAACAAUUGGAUGGCUUGUCCUGGUCAAGACAAUCCGAGUACAGAAUGUGAGGUCGGCGCCGUCCCCAACGUUUUUGAGUCUGAUGAGAGCGACCACGACGGCCCUUACGACGGCGUCGUUAUGGGCUGUUGAUCAGCCUUCCAAUAUCCUGAUUCAGGCUUCACUUUUUCACAAUUUCUUGUGCGCGCGACACUCCUCCCUGUCCCUCACGUUCGUUAUGUUGUAGCUUAACCAAACUCUCUAUGCGUUGAUAGGUUAUUUGUAGCUCUAGGUUAUGUAUAGUAUAUAUACCCAUGGCUAUCCUCAUCGGUGCCUCUCCCGUUUGGUGCAUAAACCUCGUGGUACCCUGUAGGUUUACAAUAUGCGUAGCCUGCCACAGUGAAUGCGGAUUCUCUGCCAGUGGGACGUAUCCGUGUGUU